CUAUCUCGCUCUCUCCCCCACCUUUGAAAAGAUCUGCUCUCCUCUCCUACAAAUAUGUUCUAUUUCGUUAUCAACGCACCCAAUUCAGAAAGGAUAGAAAAGAAAGAAGCUGCAGAUUUUUGGAGAGAGAGAGAGAGAGGCUAUGAGAGACCUCCCAUACGAGAUUUUCAUUAACAUCCUUCCAAGGGUACCCAUCAAAUCUCUCUUUCGAUUUAGGUGCGUAUGCAAGGCCUGGCGAGAUUUACUUACAGAUCCUCAUUUCAUCAAACAACAACUGAAUCAUUCAGCUGAAACCAAUAUCUCCAACCGUAAUCUCAUCCUCAACUGUGGAUCCAAUCUAUACAACGUCCUCUAUUCAAUCCACAAUGAUACCUGGGAUGAUGAACCCGUAAAGCUCGAUUUGCCCUGCAAGCUUUCCACCAUUGAAAUUGUUGGUUCUUGCAAUGGCUUGGUUUGCCUUUUGGGUUAUUUGAAUCGUGUCUACGACGUCAUUAUCUGGAACCCAUUCACCAGAGAUUACAAGAUGUUGCCUUACGCACCUUUUCAGCUUCCGGGUCGUGCAGUUUCUCGUUUCCCUGUUCUGGGUUUUGGUUACAGUCCAUCAAAAGAUGUGUACAAGGUGUUAAGGGUUAUAUACUUUCAUGUUGAUUGUAGGAUGGUUAGUUCUUGUCGUUCCCUGGUUGAUGUUCACACCCUCGGAACGGAUUCAUGGCGAAGGAUCGGCGAAAUCCCUUUUGAUAUUCGUGAUUGGUUGUCGGGGAUUUUCGUUAAUGGAGCUCUUCAUUGGAUUGCAAUUCGCAGUUCCAGACCAGACACUAUUGUUUCUUUUGAUGUUGGAAAUGAGGUCUUUAGAGAAAUACCACAGCCUUACUUUGGGGAUCAUAGUUUUCAUAGCAAAUUGGGGGUUUUGGGAGGAUUCCUUUGUAUGAUUUGCACAUUCUAUGAUAAUCACGUCAAGAUAUGGGUGAUGAAAGAUUAUGGAGUGAGAGAGUCUUGGAUUAAACACUUCUCCAUCCACCAACCCAUGGUUGUUGGUCAUUUUAAACACUUGAAGCCACUUGGAUUUACAAAGAGCGGAGAAAUUCUUCUGGAGAUGCAUGAUAGAAAGCUGGUUUUGUAUGAUUUGGAAAAAAAAAGGUUUAGAAAUCUUAUAAUUCAAGGUGUUCCAGAUUGGUCUGAGGUUGGUGUUUCUAUUGGGACUCUUAUUUCGCCCGAGGCUCGCAGUUGAGAUGUGUAAAUGAUGGCAUAAUUCAAGGUACUCUGUAAAGCUUGUUGCUCAUUUAUUUUAUUUUUCUAUGUACAUAAUGUGGCUUGAUGCUCAUUUUUGCUUUUCAGUGUAUACCGUAUUUGUUUGUAAAGAGUGUUUGUUUGUAAAUAUUGUUGACAUAAUUGCUGUUAUACUCAUGAUUUAUAAAAAUUAUUUCUUUGUUUUGGCUUUA